GCGCCCGGCGGCGGCGCGUCUGCCGUCGCGCAGGGGCGGCCCGGCCGCAGGGAAGACGGGUGGGGCCGGCCGUCCCUUCUUCAGCGCCUUCUCUCCGGUGGGCAGUCCCGCAGCGGCACGGGCUUCUCUUCGGCAGACGACUAGAGGGCGCCGCCGCCUCCGGAGGCGCGGAUGCGAGCCCCGCCCGCCGGCCAGUCGCAGCCUCCGGGGCCCGAGAGGACAGCCGCCCGCCGCGCACUUGUCUCCCCGCAGCGGCAGGACGGCCCAGGCCCCCGCGAGAUGGGCAGCUGUCAAAAAAAGCACAAACAACGGAAGGAUGGAAACCAUUUCAUGUAUUAAAAGCAUGUUGAAAGGCUGAUAAGAAAGCCAGGAAUCUCAGCAUGAAUCGGGCUAGAUCCAGAUCAGAUGAUGGUGGUGAGGAAGCCUCAUCUCAAGACCUGAAUCAUGAAAAUGAGAGAAGAUGGCAGCAAGAGCGUCUCCACAGAGAAGAAGCCUAUUAUCAGUUUAUAAAUGACCUUAAUGAUGAAGAUUAUCGGCUUAUGAGAGACCAUAAUCUUUUAGGCACCCCUGGAGAAAUAACAUCAGAAGAAUUACAACAGCGGUUAGAUGGAGUCAAGGAACAGCUGGCAUCACAGCCCAACUUGAGAGGUGGGACAAAUACCAGAGACUCAGGAGUCCCUAGAGGAAGUGCGAACGACGCCUCUCUGCUGGAAUGGCUGAACACCUUCCGUCGCACAGGAAACGCAACUCGAAGUGGACAGAACGGGAACCAAACUUGGAGAGCUGUGAGUCGAACAAACCCACACAGUGGAGAGUUCCGCUUCAGUCUGGAAAUCCACAUAAAUCACGAGAAUAGAGGAUUUGAAAUGGAUGGCGAAGAUUAUCCGGGCGUGCCACUCUCAGCUGUUAGCAGGGAUCACACCGCAAACAGGCAGCAGAGAGCAGCUAGUCCCGUGGCCAGGAGAACGAGGAGCCAGGCUGCAGGGAACCUCAGCGGUAGUGGCGCCGGUGUUCCAAGGACUAGGCUUAGUUCAGGGGGGCGGAAUUCAGGAGAAGGACCUUUGUCCUCAUUGGGAAGACUGAGGAGUGGAUCUGGGGGAGCAGCUGGUGUUCUUAGAGCUGGUGCUCCCCGUGCUGAUUUUAGCAGUCAGUCAGGUGGUAGUGAACUCAGGCAAAGGGAGGGGCAGCGGUUUGGAGCAGCACACAUUUGGGAAAAUGGGGCUAGAACUAAUGUAACAGUGAGGAACACAAACCAAAGAUUAGAGCCAAUAAGACUACGGUCUACGUUCAAUAGCCGAAGCCGAUCACCAAUUCAGAGGCAAGGCAGCACCGUUUAUCGUAAUUCACAAAGGGAAAGUAGACCUUCGCAGCAGACCACGAGGAGGUCUGCUAGGAGAGGUGUAACUCGUGUCUUUUUAGAGCAAGACAGAGCGCGCAGAGGCGCUGGGUACUCUCCGUUCUCUAACUCGAGACUUGUGUCAAGAAUAACAGUAGAGGAAGGGGCGGAGCCCAGCAGGGCCUCUGCCGUGCGCCGCCGCCCCACAGUCACACUGGAUCUUCAGGUGAGAAGGAUUCGGCCUGGAGAAAACAGAGAUCGGGACAGCAUUGCAAACAGAACUCGGUCUAGGGUGGGGCUCGCAGAAAACACAGUCACCGUUGAAAGCAAUAGUGGGGGCUUUCGCCGAACCAUUUCUCGUUUAGAGCGCUCAGGGAUGCGGACAUACGUGAGCACCAUAACCGUUCCUCUUCGUAGGAUUUCUGAGAAUGAGCUUGUUGAACCAUCAUCAGUGGCUCUUCGGUCAAUUUUAAGGCAGAUCAUGACUGGAUUUGGAGAACUGAGUUCUCUAAUGGAGGCCGAAUCUGAGUCAGAGCUUCAGAGAAGUGGCCGGCAUUUGCCAGAGAUGCACCCGGAAAUGAGUAACCUGGGGAUAGGUAAUGCCAUCGGCCAGCACAGUGACGGUUCCUCUCGGGGCCAGCAGGACCAGGAAGACAGCCCCGAGAUGCGUGGUGGGAACGUGGCCACCCCGCCUCGCGCCCCGAGCAGUGACGGUAGAGGUGGCAGGCAGGUGCGAAAUUCAAAUAACUUAGUGGAAACUGGAACGCUACCCAUUCUCCGCCUCGCUCACUUCUUCUUACUUAACGAGGGCGAUGACGAGGAUCGCAUACGAGGUUUAACCAAAGAGCAGAUCGACAAUCUUUCCACGCGGAACUAUGAGCACAGCAGUGCGGAGAGCGAACCAGGCCGAAUCUGCAGCGUUUGUAUCAGCGACUACGUCACGGGAAACAAGCUCAGGCAGUUACCCUGCAUGCAUGAGUUUCACAUCCAUUGCAUUGACCGGUGGCUCUCAGAGAAUUGCACUUGUCCCAUCUGUCGGCAGCCGGUUUUAGGGUCCAGUAUAGCAAACGAUGGAUGACGUGAUGGGUCUAUUCAAAUAUCACAUUUUAGUAGAACGAGUAUUCAGGCACUCUUUUGUUGAAUUAUCUGUGAUGAACUAACCAGGAUGAAAAAUAACAAAUUAUUAUAGUUUGAACUAUUUUUUGUGUGUUUUUUAACUUGUUGAAAAGAGAAAAUUUAUAUAAAAUUUAAAAUACAAAUGAUAGAUUAUCCUAAAGUGCAAAAUAGUUGAUAUUGCUAGAACCAAAUAACCUUUAAAAUGUUUUUAUUUUGGAAGUUUUGUCAUGCUAAGCACUUUUGUAUCUGCACAGUUCAGUAGGUUAAAAAUCAGUCUUCUUUUUCUCAACAGUACCACUGACUUCGCUUGGACUUUUAAGUUCCAUGGGCUUCAUACCAUGUCCAGACAUUGGUGUGUAAAUACACCUUUCUUUUUUUAUUCUAAGGACAGUAUCUUUUCAUGAAAGAGUAUUUGAAUGUUUGCUAAAUGUAUUUGUUACUUGAAAUAUUAAAUUUAAUAUGCAAGAUAUCAUAUAUGUAUAUUUAGAUGUAUAAUUUUAAGGUUAAAAUAUUCAGUCUAGAAGCUACCAGUUUGGUUCUUAUUUAAACUUUUGGGCUAUGACUGCAUAUGGCACAAUGUUUAAUAUUUACAGGAUCAUCUGUGGGAGGAAGGGGAUUAAGAUAUUUAAAAACAGAGAUAAUUUAUGAAGCGUCUCUGACAAUCUGACUUAUUAGACAGCAAGCAGUAUAUAACACUGAGCAAGCUUUUCUUUACUCAGAAAUGGAACAUGGAUAUUUUAGAACAUAUAGGUUAUUUAACUUGAGUUGUGACUUUUUUGAAAGUGCAAACAAUUUUUUGGAUUAUAUUAAGUAAGGUAUACAAUAUGCAUGGUUUCUCAAGUUUCGUUUAAAAUCUAAAAAAAAGUGUCUGUAAAGAAUCAAAUGCAUAGAUAAUACGUUAAGUUCACUUGGAGGCCAAAAAACUCCAAACAAAACAAAACAAAAACGUUAAGAGAAUGUAGAAUUUAUAUAAACACAGAAAUAUGCAUUGAAGAUCUGUUUCUACCAAUAAAUACUGAAACGUGUGAACUGUU